ACGUAACCCUUGAGAGGAGAACAAGAAAAAAAAAGAGGAAGACAAAUCAGAGAAAAUUUGUCCCUCUCAUACCUUUCUCCCUCUCAACAAGUACCAAAUCAGACAUCCUUCCAUAAUACCUAGACCCUAAAACCUCCAAUUUAUAUAUAAACCAUCAUCAUCGUCCGCCCAAUUUCUUAAUUUCGAUCCUGUAAAUGCUCCCAAUCUGUUCUUUGCCCUAAUUACCGAUUCUUUGUUGGGAGGUGCUGAAGAUGGACGUCGAGCAGAAACAAGAGGAGCUAAUCGAUCACUUUGUCAAACAAGCUUCAGCUCACAAGGGCUCCGCUCUCGGAACCGUCGUCGUUGAAGCCACAUCGCAUCCCUCCCUUUUUGCAUUCUCUGAGAUUCUCUCUGUACCAAAUAUCGUCGAGCUUGAAGGGACUGAAAAUUCCAUUUUCUUAGAUGUGCUUCAGUUGUUUGCCCAUGGCACAUGGAGUGAUUACAAGAGCAAUAUUAGUCGGUUUCCUCCACUGGUUCCUGAUCAGGUUCUGAAGCUAAAACAACUUACCGUCCUUACAUUAGCUGAGACAAACAAGGUACUGCCCUAUGAUCAACUAAUGCAGGAGUUAGAUGUUACAAAUGUACGUGAACUUGAGGAUUUCCUUAUUAAUGAAUGCAUGUACUCGGGUAUAGUUAGAGGAAAGCUGGAUCAGUUGAGAAGAUGCUUUGAGGUUCAAUUUGCAGCUGGGAGGGAUCUAAGGCCAGGACAACUUGGGAGUAUGAUACAAACACUAUCAAACUGGUUGUCUACAUCAGACAAUCUCCUUGUCUCAAUCCAGGAGAAGAUAAAAUGGGCUGACACUAUGAGCGAGUUGGACAAGAAACACCGGAAGGAUGUCCAUGAUAAGGUGGAUGAAGUAAAGAAGGCCCUCUCUCUAAAGAAGUUACACACUGUAAGCAGGCCGACGUUGACUUCCGAGGGCACGAGGAGAUCUACUCUGAACCUGGUGGAGUGAUGGACUAUGAGGAAGACCGAAGCCGACCCAAAAGAAAGGAGCAGCCAGCUGUUUGGGGAUUGAUUGGAGAAUACUAUUGGGAUGGGUCAGUUCACUGAUUCAAUUGCCUUUAUAUAUUUGACUUAUGAUCUGGAGAAUUGCAGGAGGCGGCAUCCAAUAUCCUGAAGAUAGAGAUAAGAGUGGAAUUCAUUGGAUGGGUAUUUAGGCAAGUUGUCGGAUUUUUGUUCCUGGCAUUCAAACAACAGAUGCUUCCUGAUUUGGUGGCAAUGAUACUUUUGGUAGUGAAUAUGUCAUUCUCAUGUCUGUCUGAUUUGAGAAUCAUUAUCUUGUCUUGAACCCAUUGUUCAUUCCAUUGAGUUGGUAAGAACAUGAUGGUGUAUCAUGGUGCGGCAAAAGAUUUUUAUGUAGGUAGAUACUCAAGAUUGUAUUUUCUAGCUUUGUGCUUCUUUUGUUUAUUGUUGCCGUGGAAGACUAAUUUUUGUGAUGAAAAGAGCUGCUUAUCAUAUAUUACAUGUUUCCUGAGAUUCAAAGUUUCAA